AACAAACGUCUUCUCUGAUUGAGGAACAUCCAAAUCAUGAGGCAACUAGGGUGUGUUUUGAAGACAGUUGGUCUGCAUAGAACCGUGGCAGGACGUUGUUGGCAGUCCUCGAACUUGAUAAAUUCUUCGACAUGUUCUGGGCAGCUUCAACAUGGCCUGAUUCAUCGAGCUAUACAUCAAAAAUCGAUAAAUAAAUAUGAAAGGGUAAUAAUACCCCAAUAUUACAAUCGGAUUGACAAUAAGAUCAAUUCUCGAAAACUUCAUACCAAGGCUCUUAGAUCUGCUAAGCAUUCUCCCAAAAUACGAGCAGCAGAUGAUGUAGUAUUGGAAGAUAUGUACUACUCCUUCUUGGAAGCGGUUAGUAUGUCUAGGGCUAGAAUAUCAACAAGAGCAUUAGAUGACGCUAUCCGGAUAUGGAAAGAUGUAUUUUCUGUAGAUUCCUCAAUCCCUGAUAAUAUUCGUGAUCUUCAAGCUAAAUUCAUCAACAAGAAAUACCAAUUUGUUACGUUUUUGACAAACCACCAUAGAUAUGAUUUAUAUGAAGCACUUAUCAAGCUGAAUUAUAAUAAGCACCCUGCAUUCAAUGGAAUAUCUCCGACUCCAGCAGAAAGACAAUUUUCAAUCCUUCAAUUUCAAAGAUUUCAAAAUGAUAAUUUUGAAAUAUCAAUGAAAGUUAAUGAACACAAAUUAUCUUCAUAUAUAAAUGAUUCUAAUGUCACCAUAGAAAAUAAGAGGGAUAUACUCUCAGUACUCUUACAUAAAGGGUUACUUUAUACACCAAUAGAAUAUCAUGGAUAUUAUAUUGAUACAUUUUUCAAAGAGCUUUUUGCUCUUGGAGACCUGCAUUUUGAUCGAGAAGUUACCCUGUAUGAUGUUUAUACUAAAUCAUUCAAUUUACUUCUUUUAGAACCGAAUUUAUUACAUGAUUUGGAAACUAAAUAUAUUGCAAACAAACAAGCAUUUAUGAACCUUUUAACUAUACUACAGAAUGCUCUGAUACGAGCACAACAACCAAAGGUUGCCAUGGACAUAUGGCAAUUAAAAAUAGAUAGAUCCAAGAGAAAUGAAUAUAAUGGUAUCACUUGUUGUACCUCUAGAGACUUAACCCAAACCAUGAGGGCUACGUUCAACCUUCGGUUAUUUGAAGACACCUUAAAGCUUUAUAGAGAUUGGGAAUCUCUUCAUGAUGAUGAUCAAAUAGCUACAUUACUUCGAAUUGCCGAAAAAGAACGUAACUGGGCUGCACUUCAACGUCAAUUCGAGAGCAUGUACGGGAGAGGUACGUUACCACAUAAGGUACAUUAUGGGAUAGUUAUGAAUGCAUUGGCAUCUAUUGGUGCUAGAGAUGAGGUGAAUUUAUUAUUUGAACAAUUAUUAAAGAGAAAUUUCAAACCAAAUACUGGUAUCAUAUCUGCAUUGGUGAAUAGUAACUUGUUUUAUAAUGAUAUAAAGGAAGCAGGUGAUGUCAUUGAUAAAUGGGCCCCAGAAGAUGCGGAAUACCUUCAUUCAUUGAUGUAUCAAGUGUUUUUCCAAAAUAAUGAUUUAUCAUCUGCCAUGUCGUGGAUUGAAAGAUCAAUGGAAGUUUUCAAUACCACGGGGAAAAAUACCCUUAUAAGUCUGCAUUCUAUUCACAUUUUACUUCGACUUUCUAGAAAACUUUUUGCAUUAAAGGAGACUGAACGCUUAUGGGCUAUUGCUAAAGAAUUAAAAUUGGUUAAUCAAUCUACUUAUGUUGAGAUGGCAAAAUCAUACACCAAAUUUGAUUUACACGAAAGAUGUGAUGAAAUAUGCAUUGAAGCAAGAAAUAAUACAACAAAUCCCUUCCGUUGUGGUCCAUUAUAUGCGGUUGAACUUCGAAACUUAAGGUUUUGGUUAAAGAAAGUUACUAGUGCUAGAACCAAGGAACUGAUCAAAUCUUUUAUUGAUAAUAUCAUAGCAUCGCACACUACCGAUAAGAUUCUUCCCGAAAGGAAUUGGUACGCAGAAUUAAUAAGAUAUUAUAUUUCCAAUAGUCAACUUGAUAAAGCAACUGAGGUACUAAAAUUUCUUAAAAGUACAAAUGCUCGAGUGUUACACGAAUCUCAUUUCCAGCCUUUUAUGGAACAUCAUCUUCGUCAGAAGACUACUAGUGAUAGUAGUGAAGUCUUGGAAAUCUUCAAAGAUUUGACAGCAAACAAAGUCCCUGUAACAGUAAUGUCAUACGAAAGAUUGAUGGAAGCCUUACUUUUUCUUGAUAGAGCCAAUGACACAGAUUAUGUCAAUUCGACUAAUCUUUUGAUGGCCGUGUAUGAUAUGAAUAAAUUAACAUUUCCAGGAAAAACUUCAAACGCUAGUGUCAUUCCACCACGUGAAUUGAUUGAAAAUUCUCAGUCAUUAUCAAAUAUUACAUUAUCUUAUAUUGUUGAAUCAAGAGAUACGCGGGUUAGCGGGAAUGAUUUACUUUUAGGAUUUUUGGAUCAACUUCGUUCAAGAGGAGGAAAUAAUAUUACAGAUCCAUUUAAACUUUCGCUUUAUCAAAAAGUUUAUCAAUACUAUAUAAAACAAAAGAACUAUGACGAUGCUCAAUUAUUGAUUGACAAUGUCCUUGUUGACGUUCAAUCUACAAUUCAGAAUUAUGUCAACAAUUUCCCUAUCGAUUUAUACCCGGAGUACAAGGAUGGAGGAAAAGUUGAUAUCCCAAUACCUAAAGAUUUGGCGUCUAAAUAUGAAUUUUAUUUGAUGGCCAAGUUUGAUUUCAUUUUACAAAACCCAAAGGAGAAAAAAUCUGAAUUAGUUACACUUUUAAAGACUUGCAAUGAGUUCCCAGUGAAACUUUCUAGUUUUAAUUUGAAUAGAAUCAUUCAACAGUUACUUCUUCUACCAAAUUUCAUUGGAUUUAAAGAUGCAUUGGCAAUGUCGGAACGUUAUUUGAUAGAAGGCAGUUGGCAUAGAAUUGCCCUCGUUAAGGCCAAGAUCUUCAUACUUCGUAGUUUGGUAGUUUAUCAACUGACACAGAUGGAUAGAGAAACUGUGAAACAAAAGUAUAAAAUAUUUAUGGAUCUUUAUAACAUAAAAUUAGAAAGAGCAGAACAACAAUUUAAAAGUUUCAGAAAUAAUCCUGAAAAUAUAUUGAGAGAAUCAAUUCAAUCAUAUAAUUUGAAAUUCUCCAAACAUAAUCCCCUAAGCAUGGAACAAAUUCUUGAAGAAGGUCAUAUAUUUUUCUUGCCAGAGGUAAUUAGACGUCACGAUUAUGUUCUCGGCUUCGACACAAGAAGUGAAUUAGUCAGACAAAUGAAGAAAUAUAAACGUUUACAUCUGAAAGAUGGAAUGUUUGAAAUUAUGGAUGAAUUCCCAGAAACGGUUGAAUAUUCAUUGCUUGUGUCCACUAUUCAACGAAACGAACAUACAUUCUUAAAAACAGUUGAUCUUUUGUACCCACCAGGAGUAAGUGAAGAAAGAGAAUCUCUUACCAGUAAACGUAAGAGAAUGUUAACUGCAAUUACCGCACUUCAUGACCGAGAUUUCAAUACCCUCAGAACAAAUUUUCAAAGAUAGAAGAUUUGUCAUCUAAUAUUUAACAUAUAAACAUACUUGUACAUAUCAUAUAGACAUAGCAUCGUGUAUUAAUAAUAUCGAGAAUCGAUAAAUCUAAACAAGAACGUAAACAUAUAGACAAGCAACU